AUGCGCGCAACCUUUUCUGGGCUGAUUCUGGGGGCUGGUCUCUGGAUGGAGAGCCCCUGGGAUACUUUCUACCCGCCCGAUCUUAACAAAACCACGUACAUCUCAAACUCCUCUAUCGGUACAUACGGCGGAAUUUACAAAGCACCCACAAAUGGCCCAACCCAGGGAAAGCCGUACGGGACCUACGAUUACUGCUCCAUGCCGCAUCCACGCGCUCAAGAAUACAAGCUGCCUGAGCCGGUCGCUGGAGGUUCUGUCAAGGGAAAGCUGGUAUACCUAGAAUAUCUGCAGCGCCACCAGCGGCGCUCGCCUUACAACAUUCUCCCGGGUGGAGAGAACCAACCGUAUAACUGCGACAACGUGCGGCCUUAUCUGUAUGCUGGACCCGCGCAUGACAAUGGCAUACAGCCAAUUCCUAUGUAUGCCCAGACAUACCAAGACCCAACCGACCCUUUUACCCCGGGCGUAAAUGGCUCUUGCCAAUAUCCUCAGAUUACUAUCGGUGGGAUCCAAGAUGGGUUUCAACACGGCAAAGAUCUGUGGAGCGUAUAUGGUGACAAGCUCGGUCUGAUUGCCAAUGAGCCUAACGACCGUGCCUGGUUCCGCUCCAGCGACUCGGCCUUGACCCAAGCCUCCGCCGGUGCAGUCCUUCGCGGCAUUUGGCCUGAGUACGGAGGUGCUCUACCUCUUCAUCAGAUGGUCACAUCUGUAGACACUGUGAACGAGGGCUACUCUUGUAGCGCCGUGUCAUCGACUCUGACCAAGCUGAAAGCCACCGACGAGUGGGAGGAGCAUCUCAAGGUCACCUCAGAGCUGCGCGCGCGGCUUGGAUCCAUGUUGGGUGCCACGUCAAGUGACUGGCAAAGCACCUUCGAUCAUUUCUCUGACAACUUCCAGGCGCGCCUUUGUAAUGGCUAUAAGCUUCCUUGUAGUGUGACUAACUCGUCUGCGUGCGUGACCGAGCAGAUGUCAGAAGAGGUCUUCCGUGCUGGUGAUUGGGAAUGGAACUACUACUGGCGCACAAAUCCUUAUGUUGCGAAGUAUAUUCAAGUUGUCGAGGGGCUGUUCAUUGGGGAGAUCGUCGCUCGCUUGAAGGCGGUGCGCGACGGCACCUCCGCGCUCGACUAUGUCCAUAAUUUUAUUCACGAUGGAGACAUCGGGCCUGUUCUUGGAUCUCUUGGCAUUGAUGCUCUGCGAUGGCCAGGGAUGGCGUCUAACAUCGCUUUUGAAAUCUGGAAAACCAAUGCCACUGGAUCUCUUUUUUCCCGAGUCCUUUACAGCGGUCAUCCCGUCAAGACUGUUCACGGUGAGCUUGACUGGGUCAGUAUCGAUGACUUGAUCGACAUCAUGACGCCAUAUGUGCCUACCGACAUCAAAGCCCUUUGCGGCUAG